GGUUUGCCAUCUCUCCCUUCCCCUCAAGUUUUCACCAUCGCCAGCUCUAUUCUUGCGCGAACAAAAUGAGUCAGACGGGCAUUAUGUCGAAUCUAAACAAAAACAAUACCCACCCGAGUGAAAAAAAUCCCCAAAAGGCCACGAGAUUCAAUAAUCCCGAGUAAAAUUCACCAGUAAACUGAAAAAAAACAUCAACAACAACAGAACAGUUCAAGUGCGUGGUAAAUCAUCUUUAUUUUCAUUUUUCUGACAAUAUUUUUUCCACUUUUUUCUCCCACCGAGUUUUACUCAAGUCGCAAAUACCAGCAUUUCUGCAUUAUUUAAUCCCCAAGUGUUGAACCAUCAGAAUGACGUUUCUACACCAGCCCAAAGCAACAUCUGUGUGACCCAAAGGCUUGACAGUGAAAGUACCAGUGACUUUAUCCAGCUCGGAUAAAAAAGCAAAAUACAGUGAUAAUAAGUUGAUAAGAGAAAAAAAAAUUAAUUCGCCACGAUACUGACGAAAAAAAAAAUCGCCGCAGUUAUGUGUGCGCGUUGCCAACUAUGUCAAGAACUUUUGGUGAUGGAGAUUGACGAAUUCAAUGAUUCCAUAAUUAUGGAAAUAAAUAUCCACAACAGUUACCAAACAAGAGAGUCCAAUUAUUCGCACAUAGUGACUUGAUAAAAUCGUGAAAGCCCUCCCUCCUCCGCUGCCAAAAAUCCGAGUCUCGAGGAUUCCAUUGUUCCCGGGGGAAACGUCGAAAUCUAAAAAUAUCCCAGUAUCGUCCAUAUUUCCGCAGUAAAAUUAAACCUGAAAUUAUCAAUUUUGUUGACAAAACAUUGACCAAGUGCUCUUAUGAAGGAAGAAAAAAUAACGUCGAAGACAUGUCGAGUGUUAUCUCUCGUGAUCACGAGUGUUUGCCUUUCCACCUGGAAUCAGCGACAUUUGGACGGAAUACCACGGAGACAUCGUCACCUUGACCAGUGAGAGAAAAAAAAUAAUCAUAAUGAACAUUGAUGAAGUGUUGAUGAAAUAAUAACGCGAAUACAGGGGAUGCCUAGCCUACACUCGCUCGUCGUACGACGAGCUAAUCCACUGAUGGAUAUGGGUACAGCAACGAGUUCAGUAACAUCAGUAAAUCCAGCCUCACAGAAGGCUGAUCUUGCCAACAAACUGAGUGGCAUUAAAAUACCGCUGGUGCGGAAGGAGACGAGUGUUAAUAAUUUGUCAGUGAACGAGAGAAACACUGGCACUAACAGGGGAGCUGAUACACCACUACUCAGACCUGAGAGCAGUGCCAGUCUCGAGGCACGUGGGGGCAGUUGGAUGAAUAUUGGGCCAAAGACAAAUUUGAGAAAAUGCGAGACCUCCGUGGGUCUCAGUACACUGGCACUUGAUCAUAAUAGGCCGAUUAACAGAAGCAGAGUGUGCUCGAGGUGCUCGAGUUUAUUGUCAUUGGCCUCGAGCUCACGGUACAGCCUCGCUGCAGGAAGCUUUGUACCUGCUGCACCUUCACAGGGGGCUGUCAAUCAAUUUUUAUGCAAAAUAUGCCUCCUCGAUGUGUCCUUGUCCAAGAUAUUCAGGAUCGAUGGCUGUGGCUGUUAUUACUGUAAAGACUGUAUGAAGGGCUACAUUGAAUAUGAAAUCGAAGCCGGUGCCUACGAUAUCAGUUGUCCAGAUGCACAAUGUGACUGGGCAUCAGUGCUCACCCUCACCGAGAUGUCGGCCCUGGUGGCCCCAGAACUCAUGGAGAAGCACCGUAAAUUUCGUCUCAACAGAGAUGUUUCCAUGGACAAAGAGCGUGCGUGGUGUCCGCGUGCUGGUUGUGAGACUAUUUGCUCGGUUAACAGCACUGGAAGCGGUGCAUCACCGGGCCCAGUCCACUGUCCAAACUGCUCAACCGAUUUCUGCUCUGUUUGCCGUGAGCCAUGGCACAACGGAAUUUGCACGAAUCUACCCCUGGGCAUUCCCUUCGACAAUGACCACAUCAAGUGUUGUCCCAUGUGUUCUGUACCAAUCGAGAAAGACGAGGGCUGUGCGCAGAUGAUGUGCAAACGAUGUAAACACGUUUUUUGUUGGUACUGCUUAGCUUCUUUAGAUGACGACUUUCUUCUACGACAUUAUGACAAGGGCCCCUGCAAGAACAAACUGGGCCACUCCAGGGCCUCUGUAAUUUGGCAUCGAACCCAAGUAAUUGGAAUAUUUGCUGGUUUUGGGCUUCUUCUUCUAGUUGCUUCGCCCCUUCUGCUGCUGGCCGCUCCCUGCAUCGUGUGCUGCAAAUGCCGGACAUGCGGCUCAUCUAGACUUGAUCACGAGGCUGGUAAUCCUGAGGACACGUCUACGUAAGCUUAACAAAAACAAACACCUGGAGAUGUGAGAGAUAGUGUAAUAGUUUUCUCAAUCACCCAAAAUUUUCUUCGUGGACAUUCUCACAACAGCCAGUCUUUGUUCACUCUUUUCAUUAAUUUUUUUAUUCCAAGACUUACGUCAUACUGAUAUGUAAAUUUUGCUCCAAGUGAUUACGCUUGUUGAUUCAUUCAGCGUUUUCUUUUUUUUUCUUAUCACUCAAGACAGAUAUUUGCCAUGAAGAAUUAACUCGAUGAUACGAGGGGAAUAACAAUCGUUAUGAAUUAUUCUUUGUCUCGUGGGAGAAAAUGUUUUUCUGGUUUAAUAUUUAUUGAUGAAUUCAAUAUUUAUCUAGGGGCGGAUAGUGUUCGAUUUAUCUAGAAUAAAACAUUCCUGAUAAUUGAAGAAAAAAAUCAAUAAUUUCACAGUUUUUUACAUUUAUCUCAGCUUAAAGUACAGGUAGAUUCACCAGAAAUUUGUCGAUAUACUAAAUAUAUUAUGAAUUAUGAAUAAAAAUGUUUCAUAUUUUUGAAUAAUGAUAGAGUCUACGUAAACAAUCAUUUUCGACGUAAGAUAUUUAUUUGUUGCAUUUGACGAUCGAAGUAUCGAUUUAUUUUGGAUAAUUUAUGUUGUAAAAAUUUGUAUGGAUCAGAGAUAGCCUGUUCAAGUGUAUAUUUGGAUCUUGUGAAUUUAAUAAGUCGAUCGAUUGUUCAAAUUUCCUUUUAACUAAUGACUAAUGUGAUAAUUACUUGAAAAUUUAUGUAUUUCGUAAGGAAUCAGUCAAUGUAAUUUAAAAAAUAUCAUCUCUCAUUACUGAUAAUCAUGAUGAGAACGGCAUAGUUACCAUUGGGGUUUAUCAUACGUUGAUAGAGAGGUGAUUACAAAUAAAAUAUAAAUGCAAUAAUUAUAACGUACGUAUUGUUCGUGUGUGUCUCGGGAGAGAGGGGAGAGAGGUGAUUUAUGAACAAAAAUUAUGGGUAAAUUGGACCAGAAAUCAUUGUGAAGUUUUAUGUGUGUCAAAGUCAUUGAAAAUAUUGGCUCAGUAGCUAUUGAAUGACUAAGGGAUAGUAAUAUAUUUCGAUUUAUCGCGUCAACAUUAAUGAAACUCAUUCGUACUGGUGUUUUAACCAUUAAUUAAGAUUAAUUCCAGAGACCUGCAUUUUACUAUUUUUUAAAAAUCUGUGUGCGUGCUUAUUUUCAUUAUUAAUUGAUUUUAUUUUGUACUGCCCUCAAAUCUUCCUUCUGUUUUUUUUACAUUAAUCAUGCCAAAGAGGUUGUUCUAUCUGGUAAUUAUGACAGCGGCACGUUUGUCUAUUUAAUAGUAAUGAGGUCUAACACAUUUCGAACUAAUCCCGAAACUCAGUUUCCCUCAUUGACUAAUCGAUUACAGUAGAGAGUUGUUUUGUGCAAGGCAUUUUUUUCUUUAUUCGAUAUUAUUGAAAAUACAAGAGGUCUGUGACGACAUUCCACCGACAGGGGAAUAUGUAGCGGAUAUCUAAUGCUCUGCGUUAAACGUAAACAUUGUUGUACAUAAUAAAAAAUACUUAGAGAAAAAA